CCUGUGGUUUUGGGUGGGUUAUUGGUCCUUGUUUGCUUACCAUGGUUAAUGAGCCAGUGAAGAAGAAGAAAGCAGCAGGUCCCAAUGGAGACAAGAAGGUGUCAAAACGCAAGCCCCGGAGGAAGGAAAGUUACUCUGUCUACAUCUACAAGGUGCUCAAACAGGUCCAUCCUGACACUGGGAUCUCCAGCAAGGCCAUGAGCAUCAUGAACUCCUUUGUGAAUGACGUGUUUGAACGGAUUGCCACAGAAGCUUCGCGGCUGACUCAGUACAACCGGCGGAGCACCAUCACCAGCCGGGAGGUGCAGACUGCUGUCCGGCUCCUGCUCCCUGGUGAACUGGCGAAGCACGCAGUGUCGGAGGGCACAAAGGCAGUCACCAAAUACACUAGUGCCAAGUAGAGGGGCUGUGGACCUCAAUAAAAGUUGGACACUGCUGCAGAAUGCUGUGUAAUUGGCAUAUUAUUGUCACAUGUGCAGUGAAGGCUUUUGUUUGUGUGCCAGACAGACAGAUCAUUUCCAUAGUAAGUCCAUUGAGGUGGUACAAAAGAAAAACAGAACAUGGUGUUACAUUUGGAGAAACUUCAGUGCAGGCAGACAAACUUCAAGGGCCAUGGGGUGGUAGAUUGGGAGAUCAAGAGCUCAUCUUUAAGAGGUCUGUUCAAGAGUCUGUUAACAGCAGGGUAGAAGCUGUCCUUGAGCCUGGUGCA